UUCAGGGUGGAGGAGUGUGGGUACGUCACUGGAUUAGAACGAGUGAAGCUGCGACGCCCUUCUCCAGCUCAGCUAAACUCAGCCCGGCGGGAAAACGUCUCCAGAAGGACGCAGACUUCGUCUCGCUCUCCGCAUGAGCCUCCUCCACCCGCAAUGCCCACCUGCAGGAUGAAGGGUCCGCACACGCUUCGGCUCGCUCUGGUCCUGCUGCUGCUCCGGGUCCAGCUCGGACAAUCAGACUUUGCUCCAUACUUUUAUGAUAAUGGACCGAGCAGCACCAAUGGGAACAUGGCGCUGUUCAGCAUUUCUGAAGACACUCCAGUGGGAACUCAGGUGUACACCCUGAACGGAACUGACCCUGAGGGAGACGGGGUCCGGUACGGCCUGACCUUCGAAAAAGGGUCUAAGGAGUACUUCAGAGUCGACCCCAAGUCCGGCAGGGUCACUCUGAUCUCAGCGCUGGACAGAGAGGUAGAAAAUGAAAUUUCUCUGCUCGUCAGCAUCACUGAUGGCAGGAAUAAGGUGGUGGAGAACGGGCGGGUGUUUGUAACGGAUGCUAACGAUGAAAAGCCAGAGUUCCUGAACCUGCCCUUCAUCGUCAACGUUCCCGAGGACACUAAAGCAGGAAGCAGUAUUUUCACGGUCCAGGCUGUGGAUAAAGACCUGGGCUCGGGCGGCAGCGUCACCUACUUCCUACAGACCUUUCCCAAUACCAAAUUUACCAUAGAUGGUCACAGUGGGGUCCUCCGCAUCAAACCUGGUGAAUUUCUGGACUACGAAACAUCCAAAACUCAUUUUGUCACUGUGGUUGCUAAGGACGGUGGAGGGAAGUAUAAUGGACAGCAUCAGGUGAUGUCCUCUUCAGCCACCGUCACCAUCAACGUCCUCGACGCCCAGGAUUCUCCUCCUACCUUUGUGGGAACACCGUAUUUCGGAUAUGUCUACGAAGUUUCAGUUCCUGGAUCAGAGAUAUUCACUGUUUUUGCCAAAGAUGGAGACCAGGGCAACCCCAACCCUAUCCAGUACUCUAUAGUAAACGGCAGCGACGGCUCCUUCAGCAUGAACAGCUCGAGCGGCUGCAUCACUCUGACCACGUAUCCCGUCCAACUGAGGAACGAGCUGUACGAACUCAAAGUCCAGGCGUCAGAGUUCGGUCCAGAAAACGAACUGCUGGACUUCUCCACCACCCUGGUGACCAUCCGAGUGGUGGACCUCAACAACCACCCACCCACGUUUUACGGUGAGAACGGCCCACAGAACCGGUUCGAGCUGACCAUGUACGAGCACCCACCUGAGGGGGAGAUCCUACGAGGCCUGAAGAUCACUGUCAACGACUCCGACCAGGGGGCGAAUGCUAAAUUCAGACUGCGGCUGGUGGGACCUGGUCGAGUUCUCAGAGUGGUCCCUCAGACAGUGCUGAAUGAAGCCCAGGUCACCAUUAUUGUAGAGAACUCUACUGCCAUCGACUACGAAAGAUAUACGUUUUUAUCUUUCAAGCUGCUAGCAAUUGAAAUUGACACACCGGAGCGUUUCAGCGCCACAGCAGACAUUAUCAUCCAUCUGCUGGACACUAAUGAUAACACCCCCAAGUUCUCCACUGACUAUUACAUCGCCAGGAUUCCAGAGAACUCACCCGGAGGCUCCAACGUCGUAUCCAUCACUGCUACAGAUCCGGACUCCGGGCUCUGGGGGGAAGUGAAGUACUCCAUCUACGGCUCGGGAGCUGAUCUGUUUCUCAUCCACCCGACGUCAGGAAUCGUCUACACGCAGCCGUGGGCCACUCUGGAUGCUGAAGUGAAGUCAAAGUAUAAUUUCUAUGUGAAGGCCGAGGAUACAGAGGGUAAAUACAGCCUGGCGGAAGUGUUCGUCACCGUGCUGGACCAAAACGACCAUCCACCAGAGUUCAAUGAAAACUUCCUGGAGAAGACUAUGAUCAUCGGUGCUCCUGUAAAAGUAGAGGCAGUGGAUGAUGAUGCUGAAGAACCCAAUAACGUCAUAGAGUACUCCAUCAUGAAGGCUGACCCGGAAAACGUUUUUGAUAUUAACACCAGCACCGGCGAGAUCAAGCUCAAACCGUUCAUCAAGUCCAUGGAGAUCGUGCAGAACAUCACCAGACAGAAAGACUGCAAGUGGUCGGUGGUAGUGCAGGCACGCGACCGCGGCUCUCCAUCCUUCACCACCACCGCUGUGGUGAAGAUUGACAUCACUGAGGCGAAUCCUCUCUCGGGCCCCAUGGCGGCCUUUUUAAUGCAAAGUAGGGACAAUCCGAUGAAAGCCCUAGGCAUGGUGGCCGGGGUCAUUAGCGUAAUGGUAAUGAUCACAGUGUUGAUCUCCACGGCGAUAUACAUGCGCAACUCAAAGUCCAACAGGAUCGUGCCGGCCCGGCGCAUCAUCCGGCGCAGGCGCAAGGAACAGCAGCACUGGAACUUCAAAGCACCCUUCGGAUCGUCCGAAGGACCGGAUAGGCUUGUGGCCGACGACGUGGAGAGCAACGUCCCCAACCGCAACAAGAACAACAGUGGUUCUUGGCCCAAGCCACCCCCACCUAGUGCUCCGGUCCUGCCUCCGCCGCCGGUGGCCAACCCCAGGCUGGUCGUCGAGCGGCAGAAGUCAGCGGUGCCCACGGUCUCAGGGUCCCUGAGCUCUAGGAGCUACAGUCGUACCCCCAGCCAGAAAUCCAUCGCCAGCAAGGAUACGGAAGGUCGGCCCAGCCAGAGCAAAGAGGGAACCAUCAGUUCAGCGCUGGUGUCCGAGCUGAAAAAGAGGAUGGAGCAGAAGAUCAUUGAAGCAAACCAAGGCUAUUACUACUGAAGAGUGGGUUAGCAUGAAUGCUAACUAUUGAAACCAGUGGGUUAGCAUGGAUGUGGACUACUGAAGUUGCUGGGUUAGCAUAGAUAGAUGCUAUUGGACCUGUCGGACUUGUGGGGUGGUGGAGUUUUGACUCUGUAAGCUCAUGCUGAAUGUCCUCUGUUGGGAUGGAGGUGCAGCACUGCAGAACUGAUUACAGGGGUUUACUUGGCGGGAUACAAAUGUUGUGACAUCCAGUUAGCCAGUUGGGAUGGAGAAGUGUCCAACUGGUUAAAGCUGAGAUAACGCUUCUGCUUGUUCUGUAUGAAGCACAGGCAAACUUAUAUACACUUCUGUAACUCUUAACGCUUAGGAAAUGGAAUGAGCAACUUUAGCGUAGCGUAAAAACUGAACCUGAUGAAUCUUCGUCAUCAGCUGUAAAUCUCAGCAGAACUGCAGCUAAACAGGUAGAACAGGUAGAUAGGCAGAUAGAAAAGAACCAAGAACAGGGAGGUUCUAGAUGUAGAUGUUAAAGAAGUUAAAAUAAUGUGCGCUCGUCUUCUCGUACAGUAUGUAAAUGUGUGUUUUAAUGCUAAUCAGCUUCCAAUGCACCACUUCAAAUCAUUUAGGCAGCUUUAAGACGAGCCCUCAGGUUCUUAAGGGAGCUCAGCGCUGUACUGCCCUCUGCAGGCCAAGGUGGGCCUUUACAUUUACUCGUUACAUUUACUUUACACUGAACAGAGACAGAGCAGGAAAUUAGGAACCUUCAUCACAAUCGUGUACACAAAGCAGAAUGUUUGUUAUUUGAAUUUGUUAUUUGAUUUAAAUGUGAAUGUCGAGGUUAAGCUGAUUUUUUUUUGUAUGAUUUUUGUAAAAAUGUUUAAAAACAAAAAACUGUAUAAAAUGUUCCUGCAGCUUAAAAUACUGUGAUAUUUAUUGAGCUGGAUAUUAUAACGCUGGGAGGUGGGUUAGAAGCUCUGACUAUUUUGUAAAAUUCGAUUAAAAAAAGGAAUAUCCAGAAUGAUAUGCAUGUUUCAAUAGCGGUGAUCAAAUCUUAAGGUAGAAAUUGAUUAUAAAAACAACAACAUUAUAUUACAAUUUUAGGAUAUUUACAAUGUAUUAAAAAUGCACAAAUUAUUAUGGUAUAUAAAAAUGUUAGUGUGCAUUUUUCCUCAUCUUAAAAACUUUUUUAAUCUAAUUAUUUUAAUUUUGCUUACAUACAAAAUUAUUAGAAAUUUGUUUUUGAAUUUUAAGAGUGGUUAUACAAUAAAUAAACAAAAUGGCAACUAAAGAAAACGUAAAGAAGAGCUUGGAGCAACCACCUUUUUAUCGCAGCAUAACUAUGCAAAUUACAUUUUAUUGCAAAGAUCCCAUAUUACCAAUUACUAAAAAAUGUAAAAUAUUAUAAACAUGUAUAAUUAAAUAAUUAAUUUAAUAAAUAUAUAAGAAAAAGGAAUUACCAUACAAAUGCACAGGAAAGCCACCACAUAUUUGUAUUUACUGAAAUUUAUUUAAACUCUGAAGAAAAAAAAAAUCAGAAGUAAAUGAAAAUGAAACACUUUUCCAGUGUAUUUGUGUUGUUUGCUACCAAAACCACUUGAUGAGAAGUCACAUUGUAUAUAUAUUAACAAGCUUAAUAGAAGUAGGUUUAGGCUUUUGUGGUGGAAUUGAAGGCAGCAUAUGAACAUAACCAGUAAAACCUUUGAAAAUCACCACCUUUACAAUAACUACAAUAAGUAUUUAAAUGAUUCACACAGUAUUUAUUAGUACAAGUGUUAGAUUUAUGAAACUAAGCGUUCAAAAUAUACCAAAAAUACCCAGGUUCAGAAUAAAAAUCAAAACACAAAAAUAUCAAAAGUAAAAUAAAAGAAAUCAAAGAAAUUAAAGAAAAUCAAAAGUAUAAGAGUUAUAUAUAUAUAUACUAUAUAUUCUCUGUCUUGACUGAGUUAUAUGAACUUAAUACACAUUAAGAGCCCACAAAUACAGCUACAAACCACAAAAGUAUAUAAUAGACACAACAAUAAAAGCUUAAUUUUCCUACAAGUACAACCGUUCAACUAAUAUCACUCAUUUGUAUGCCUACAGGACGCCAGAGCAGCCAAAACUUUAAGUACACAUAAAACUUACCAGCCAAGCAGCCUAUUACUUGCUUUCACGUUGAAGGGUAGCCUUUAAAAAGGAUUUUUAAUAUAAUAUGACACAAUAUCUGUCUCAUUUCCAUGAUAGUUAGCUAAAUAUUGCAUUAAUGCAGCAUGCGCUCUCCGUUUUACCACUAAUCAAUGCACGUAGCGUAACCCCUUCAUCCGAGUGCAGAGAAGGCAUUAGACAGCCAUGGCCCCGCCCCCGCUGUGAAAAUCAUGAAUCUGAUUGGUUAGAUUGUCCUAUGACUUUGCUAACAGACUCAUUACUACACCCUUCUCAAAAUCAGGAGAAGGGUCCAUGCAGGCACGUGAGCAGAAGCCAUUUUCAAAAGCUUUGAUUGGUUAAAACAGCUGUCGGUCAGAUAAGAGUCCUGUAGCAACUGAAAAACACAGACUAAUGCUUUGAAUUAGUUGCUGUUUUUUUUAUUUUUGUUAAUUUACAAUAAUUAUAUUAUAUACUUCCUGAUAAAAAAAAAACAAUUAUUUACAUUAUUUACACUUUUUGUCACCCCUUCUCUGAAGGGUUAUAAGGGCCUCACUGCACACCACUGAACAAACUUAACACUGACAAUUGACAUUGACAUGUUAAACUGAGUAGUGAACAUGGCCCUGUAAAUAAUACAACUAGUAAUAUCUUUGUUUUGUACAUGGUACUGUUUUCAUUAUCAUUUGGAUUUUUGCUAACACUGAUUUCUAUUUUAUGAAGAAAACAAAUCUGAGAACCAAAAGAGAGUUGGUUCUCCAAAGAUGCUGGUUUACUCUUAAAUCAAAAUUCUAAAUUCUGCUUCUCAAUUCUGAAUAAAACUUUGGGCCUCAAUCAGCCCUCUGCUUCCUCAUUCAGUAUGUAAAUAAACUGAAUAAACUGCUGUCUACUACAGAGAACACUGAAUAAAAACUGUGAUAUAAAAGGGGUAAAAAUGACUGUACAUUUCUGAAAUCUUACAAAAUGAAAGUUAAAGAAUCUAAUUUUGAAGAAACAAAUUCAUUAAUAGCAAAGAAACAAAAUAACAGAAGAAAAAUGAAUCAAUCGCCCUCUUGUUGCUGUACAAUGUGAAAUCUGCAAUGGCUGAUUUUUUUUUAUAAUAAAAGUCCCUCUGUGCUUUGAUCCCAGACCCAGUAUCUCCAUAUACAAAAAAAUAUUGUCAGGUCUCAGGAGGAUAUUAUAUAAUUUACAUAAUAACUGUGUACUAUAUAUACCUAAAAUUUUCAAGUAAUUAUAUGCAAUAAAAUCUAUAAUAUGUUAUUAAUGCAUACACCCAUCUGCCACCACCAAGUUAUAUCUACUUAUGCAAGAAUAUGAUUUGGUCACCACUUUUUAAACCUGAUGAAUUCUGCAUAUUAGUUUGAUUAGAACUUCAGAUUCUUCUGAUUCUAUUCUACAGCUUUCUUAGACAGUAGCAUCUUACUGAUUAUUUGAAAAAUAACACAUAAAAGUCAUUACACAUUUAUCAUAAAUCCAAUCAAAUAUAUCUAACAGUACUGAAAACACUUUUUCGUAUUUAUCAAACAUCUCAGAAUGAAACGAGCUACACCAAUUAGCCAAUACAUUAAAACCACUGCGACUGAGGUGAAGUAAAUAACACUGAUGAUAUGGUUUCAGCAGAUCCUCUAACGUGGUUGUAUAAUAGGCAGUGAAGGAACAGUCAGUUCUUAAAAUUUUGGAUCAUGGUGUUCAAGGCUCACAGAUGCUCAUAGAGGCUCCGCCCACUUUACAACUUACAGGACUUAAAGCAUUCUUUGUAACAUAAAUCUUAGUGCAGAAAUCCCAGAACAGCUGUAGAGGUCUUCUGGAGUCCAGGUCUCAAAGUGUGUCAGAGAUUUUGUGGUGUCACGAACAGGAUGUGUCUUUUUUAGGCAGGUGUUUUUAUUGUUAUGGCUGAUGGCUGGUUGUACAUUAAAUGGUGAGGUCUGAUCUGAGGUCAGGGGUCUUAUUCUGAUAUGACUGAUAUGAUUAAUAAAUGGCUAUUGACUGACUGACAGGUGCUGCUCAGUGGAUGAAUCAUAGUUGGACAAUAUCUUCUCCAGCUUUCUGAUCUAAAAGCUUCUAGUCAUCUCCACCAGAUCCUGCAAGGUUCUUCAGAUAUUCUUCAGAUGACCAGAACCAUGUGACGUUUUAAACAGGACUUUUGUGAUCAUUUAUAUUGUGUACAUUGAUUGUAUGGCAGAAGGUUUGCAUGAUUGGCAUGAAAUUGGACGUAAUGAUGAUAAGUGUGGAUGAGCUUUCGGUUUGAGCUCCUUGAGAUUGAGCUGUUUUGCUCACACUGUGUAGUUUUUUUAGCAAGCUCCAGAAUUCCAAACUGGGAAUUUCACAGAUAGGGAAUAGGAUUCUGCAGCUCUUUGCAUCCAGUUCAGAAAUGUCUACAAUAGUGUAGGAAUUUUGAAAAAAAAACUUUUCUUUUGCUUCCUUCUAAAAUCUCCAGUCUUCAUUAAAAUGUUUGAGAUGAUAUGUUUAGAUCAGACCAUCACACAAACCACAAAAAUAAUAAUAAGUAAAUAAAUAUACAAAUAAAUAAAAUGCUGGAAAUUAUCCGAUUACUUUUCUUGAGCGAUUUACAGAGAAAGAAAAAGGGAAAAGUUGUACUACUGAAAGACAUAAUGAACUUUUUAAGGCUAAUGUUCCUCUGCUGAUUGGUAGAGAUGGUUAACAUUAGCGGAAUGUUAAAGAUUUAAAGGAUUAAAUGCAGAAUUAAUAAUUUCAGUUGGGAUGAUAAAUUCCUGUUUAUGGUGAACACAGUUUGUUGUAAUAAAGUUGUAAUGCAUGGUACAGUUAUUUAACACUGCCUAAUGUAGCACUUUUCUGAAACAGUUCAUGUUGUCCAGGUUUGAUGUGAUGUUCCUCAGAAAUUGACUGUACUCUAUAUUUCAUGUCUUUUUAUUGUCUUUGUAUUAUUUUGAUUAAAUAUGUACAAACCA